AUGUUCUUCAGUCUGCGGACCGCCCUGAUGGCCUCGAGCAUUCUGCUCGCCGCCGGUUCAGUUACGGCCCAAUCUAUGGAGGAGUUGGUUCCUCGCUCCGCCAUGACCCUCGUUGGUUGCUACAGCAGCAGUGAAGGCCUUACCAACCAGACAUCAUACACAUUCCAGAGUUCCGGAUGGUGCUACGAUCGAUGCAUUGCCUGGAACGCUGCCGUGUUCGCCUUGACUGCAGGCUCGGAUUGCCUCUGUGGUGACGAAUUGCCUCCUUCAUCAGCAAAGGUGGCCAAGGGAAAGUGCGGCACAGCCUGUGAUGGUUGGCCCUCAGAUAUGUGUGGUGGUGAUGGUUUCUACUCUCUUUACACAACCGGCCUGGAGAGCUCCGUCUCUUCGGCAUCAGCAUCAACCUCUAGUAGCGGCACCAAUGAAUCCGCGGCCUCCAAGACCGAUUCUGGCGCUGCUUCCGUUUCAACCGAUUCCGGUGGCCAGACGGUCGUUGUCACUGCCCCGAGUGUGCAGCACACCACCGACUCGUCAUCGCAGGUCAAGAGCAGCCACAACACCGCCGCCAUUGCUGCUGGUGUGGUGGUUGGUGUCGUCGGUGUGGCCGCUUUGGCCGGUGCUGCAUUCUUCUUCUAUCGCUCCAAGAAGCAGAACGCGGAGGGUGGAUUCCGUGGCACGACCGGUGGAUAUGGCCGUGACUCACAGCCACCCUCCAUGUCGGACUCCCGUUUCGAUGGAGACUACAUGGCCCAGCGCCGUCAGAGCAACGGCAGCAUCGACGAUGACCAUGACUUCUCUCGCCGGAUCCUGCAGGUCACCAACCCUGACCGUCGCUAA